AUUUGCUGUCCCCGGAGUCUGUAGCCGGGGCUGCGGGGCCGGUACCGGGGGGGCUGCGCCGCCAGGGGGUCAGGCUGGAUCCCGCGUCCCUGAGUCCGAAGCGCUGAAACCGGCCCCCCCCCCCCGGCUGCUUUCGGUUUCAAUCCGACUCGUCCCGUUUCCUGGCUCGGCUCCGAGCCGCGCGGCGCCGCUGGAGGGAGACGAGCGGACACCGGGCUCCCCGCGCCCCCGGCAGCUGGGGCCGUGUCAGUUGGAGGGGCCGAGGAGGAGAAACACCUGGGUGUGUCGCUGAUCGCAGGCUGACUCUGAGCUGUGAGUGUGAUGUGGCUGUGAAAAGGGCUAAUGCCAUCGUGGGGUGCACCAGGCGCAGGAUUUCCAGUGGGGACAGGGAGGUGUUCGUACGAGGCCCUGGGGAGACUCAUCUGGAACAGUGGGUGCGGUGCUGGGCUCCCGUGUGUAAGGAAGAUGAAUUCAAGCUGGGACGGGCAGAGAAGGGCCACUAGGAUGAUCCCAGGACUGGAAAACCGACCUUGAGAGGAGACGCGAAGAGCUCGGCUGGUUUAGCCUGACCAGACACAGGCUGCGGGGAGCUCGGCUCGCUCUCUGUAGAUACAUUGGAGGGAUAAACACCACGAAGGGAGAGGAGUUAUUUGAGUUCAGUGCCAAUGUGAACCAUGAAAACAAAUGGAUAUAAACUGGCCUGCAAGUUUAGGCUUGAAAUGAGGCGAAGGUUCGACCGAUCAGAGGAGUGACGUUCUGGAGCAGCCUCCCAAGGGGAGCAGUGGGGGCAAAACCCCGAACUGGCCUCACUCCUGAGCACGAUACGGGCCGCCCCCCCCGGCGCGAUGGAGAUCCCCAUGCUGGCCCCCAUCUGCCUGAUCGAGAACAGCCCGGCGGGGGAGCUGCGGGUGCAGCAGGAGGCGCUGCGGGUGCUGGCAGAGAUCUCCCAGCCCGUGGUGGUGGUGGCCAUCGCCGGGCUGUACCGCACCGGCAAGUCCUACCUCAUGAACAAACUGGCUGGCAAGAGAACAGGGUUCUCGCUGGGCUCCACCAUCCAGUCGCACACCAAGGGCAUCUGGAUGUGGUGCCUGCCCCACCCCCGCCGGGCCGGCCACACCCUGGUGCUGCUGGACACCGAGGGGCUGGGCGACGUGGAGAAGGGUGACACGAAGAACGACACGUGGAUCUUUGCGCUGGCCGUGCUGCUCAGCAGCACCCUGGUCUAUAACAGCCUGGGCACCAUCAGCCAGCAAGCCAUGGACCAGCUGCACUACGUGACGGAGCUGACGGAGCGCAUCAAGGUGAAGGCGGCAGGCGAGGGCAGCCAGCAGGAGGGGGAGAAUUCGGCCGAGUUCGUGCGGUUCUUCCCGGCCUUUGUGUGGGCCGUGCGGGAUUUCACGCUGCAGCUGGAGCUGGACGGGCGGGAGAUCACUGAGGACGAGUACCUGGAGAACGGCCUGAAACUAAAGCCAGGCAGCAGCCGGCGAGCCCAGCUCCACAACCUGCCCCGCGAGUGCAUCCGCCAGUUCUUCCCGGCCCGGAAAUGCUUCGUCUUCGUCCAGCCGGCCGGCAGGAGGGACCUGCCCCGGCUGGAGGAGCUGCAGGAGGACGAGCUGGAGCCCGAGUUCCGGGAGCAGGUGGCCCGGUUCUGCCGCCACGUCUGGGAGACGUCGAAGCCCAAGACCAUCCCAGGCGGCCACGUGGUGACCGGGGCCAUGCUGGGGACCCUGGCGGUGACCUACGUCGACGCCAUCCGCAGCGGGGCGGUGCCCUGCAUGGAGAGCGCGGUGCUGGCCCUGGCCCAGAUGGAGAACUCGGCGGCGGUGGGGGAGGCCAUGGCUGUCUACGAGGAGCAGCUGGCCCAGCGGGCGGCGCUGCCCACGGAGAGCGUGCAGGAGCUGCUGGAGCUGCACGCCCAGUGCGAGCGGGAGGCGCUGCGGGCGUUCAUGGCGCGCGCCUUCAAGGACGACGACCGCAGCUUCCAAGGGGAGCUCAUGCGCCGCCUGGAGGAGCAGAAGCAGGAGCUCUGCCGGCGCAAUGAACUGGCAUCCUCAGACCGCUGCACGGCCACCCUGCUGGAGCUGUGGGACGAGAUGGACAAUCGGAUCGGCCAGGGGGUCUACUUGGUGCCCGGGGGCUACCAGCACUUCCAGGAUGACCGGCAGCGGAUGGUGGAGAGAUACCGGCAGGUGCUGGGGAAGGGGGUAAAGGCCAAGGAGGUGCUGCAGGAGUUCCUCCAGUCCAAGGAGGACGUGGCCCAGUCCAUCCUGCAGACGGACGAGGCCCUGACGGAGAAGGAGAAGGAGAUGGCAGCCGAGCGAGCCCGGGCCGAGGCGGCUGAGCGGGAGCAGGAGGUCCUGAAGCAGAAGGAGGCUGAGCUGCAGCAGAAGCUGGAGGACCAGGACCGCAGCUACCAGGAGAACCUGCGGCAGCUGGAGACGAAGCUGGAGGACGAGAGGAAGAAGCUGCUGGAGGAGCAGGGCAAAAUGAUGGAUCAGAAACUGAAGGAGCAGGCGGCCCUGCUGCAGGAGGGGUUCCGGGAGGAGGCCGGACGCCUGGAGAGCGAGAUCCGGCACCUGCAGCAGCAAAAUGAGGAGAUCCGGAAGCCGUCAUGGAUCCAAUCGGCGCUGGGGAUGCUGGGCGACGUGGCCUCCCUCGUGCUACCCGGCUUCUUCGGCAAGGCUGCCGGGGCCAUCACCUACCUCAUUCAGCGCCUGUUCUGAUGGGGACCCCAGCCACCCACUCGCCUCUGUACCCCAGCGCCCGUUCACCCGCGGAACCCCCCGCCACAGGACGCCCUGCCGGCGAGCAGCUUAGUAUGUCCAGCAAAGGCUCCCAACCUCCUUGCUUCAUGGCCGGGGCUGGCCCCCCACUGGCGGGGCCAGGAAGGAAUAUCUCCCCCACAAGGCCUUGCAGGGAGGGUGCAUUGUGGGAGACGUGCUACCUCAAGAUGCACAGGUGCUGUUGGAGAGGGAUCCUGGGGUGGAUGGGCUCAUUGGCCUGAUGUGUGGGCAGAACCCAGGUGAAGUGCCAGAACACUACACCUGGAAACCCAGCACUCCCCAGAGCCCAGGCAGCCUUCUCCCCAGGUAUCUCCCCACCCCAGGCCGAAGAAUGGGAGCUGGCGUGAGGGGAGGGUGCCUCUCUCCUUGCCUUGUAGCUGGUUGGCUUUAAACUCUGCAAUUAAAUAAAUGUCCCCGCGAACCUCA